CUGUAACUCAACAGUUGUCAGUCAGGCAUAAAUUAUCUGCCACACCUUGCAGAUUUAAGGUUCAUUGUACGAUUACACAUCUUCCUCACUUCUUACCUACAACUUGAAUAGACCCUGAACCACCAACCCGGUUUCGGACUUGUUGUUCACCAGAAACUGCAUAUGUCGUUGAAAAGCUACAAAACAUAAAAAACUCUUCCCAACUACCCGCCUGCUGAUACCGCUGGGCCGAUGAUGGAGACACCAUCUAUAAGCCAAAAUGAUAUCGUGAUCGCGGUUAUGGGAGUGACAGGAUCUGGGAAAAGCACUUUUAUCUCGAAAAUCACCGGCCAGAAUGUCGGGAUCGGGCAUAGCCUCACGUCUCGUUAGUUUGUUGAAAUUUUGUAUAUGGCUGGAAAUUGAAACCCAAGAUUGUACUGACGUUUCGAAUAGAAACAGCUACUGCGAGCAUUUAUUCGUACCAAUAUAAGCCCGAUCGCAAAAUCUACUUGAUUGAUACGCCUGGAUUCGACGAUACUUCUCGUUCCGAUACCAUCGUCUUGAAAGAAAUUGCCUUCUUCCUAUCAAGGCUGUAUCGCGACAAAGUGAAUCUUGCGGGAAUUAUUUACCUGCACCGAAUCACAGAUAAUCGACUUUCCGGGACGGCUUUGAAGAAUCUGAACGCAUUCAGGCAACUUUGUGGACCUGAUAGCUACGGCCAUGUAAUUCUCACGACGUCCAUGUGGAAUCUCCUCGAUCCAUCAGCUUCUCAUCUAGGAGACGAGCGCGAAAAUGAAUUGAAAACCACCUCCAGAUUCUGGGGUGCCAUGUGUGAGCAUGGCAGUCGUGUAAUUCGCUGGACAGGGGAGGAAAAGUCGGCUCUUGUUAUCAUUGAUCAAAUAGUCGACAUGCAUGCGAAAUCCGGCACUGCGAUCUUGCAGAUACAGAAAGAACUCUGUGAUGACAAUUUGCCCCUAGAUGAGACCGCAGCCGGUAGGGUGGUUCAGAAGGAGCUCGCAGAAGCUAAGGUCCACUUUCAAAAAGAAAUCGAGUCGCUACGUGAAGCACAGGCAGAAAUGAAAACCGCUUCGAAACAUGAGCUUGCGAAACAGCUUUUAGCUCAGCAACAAGACUUUGAGCAGAAGCUGAGAAAUGCAAACAAAGCACAAGAAGAUUUGAAGACGAAUCUUCGGCGACUGGAGAGUGAGAAAGAGGAAGAAUACAGGAAACUUCUCGAAAAUACCCAACGCCAACACCAAAAGCUUGCAGAAGUUUUGGACAAACGAGAAGCCGACUACAGAAAGUUACAAGAGGAGCGAAAAGAAGACGAGAAGUCCUUCAAAGAAGCACAAAAGUUCUUCGCGGACGAAAUGGCAGCUUUGCAGCAACAAAUAAAGAAUCGUGAGAUUCAAGCGCAAGCAGCAGAAGACCGCAGGAUUGCCGCCGAGCAGCGAGGACAAAUCGAAGCAGAGAGGCAGAAAUUGGAAGACGAGCGCAGACAGAUGGAAGCAGAGUGGCGUAUGAAAGAGGAAGUACAAGAAGAACUUCGGAGACAAUAUUUGGAGGAGCAAGAGGAGAUUGAGAGGCAAGAAGAGAGAGCGAGGCAGGAAAUUGAAGCGCAGAGACGGAGGAAGAGCAGUACUAGUAGAGCGCUGCCGCUUCUGGGUGUCUUAGCUGGAUUCGGGACUGCGGCGGCAGGGUUGUAUACAUUGAAUCCUGCAAUGGUUGCGUCCGGGUUGACAAUUGCUGGAAAGGCUGCUGACAAAAUUUGAGUGUGGAGGGAUGAUGAGCGCCGGAGCAAGAGCGGCUAGGUUACUCAUUGAAAGCGAAGGCUACGAGAGAGAGGAAUUGAUCGAUAACACCUAGGUGUUGAUGUUUUACUCUCUUGGUUUUGGUUUGUGGAUGAAAGUUCAAGGACAAUUGUGACGAGGACGCGAGGACGAUUGAACCGAGGUUAUGACAGCAGAUAGGUGAUUGACAACAAAACCCACCAUUGCA